AUGAACAAUUGUAGUCUUCACUUUUGUAUAACCACUUUCAAAAGUGAAUAUGAUCGAGGUGUUAAUACAUUUUCACCAGAAGGUCGUCUCUUUCAAGUUGAAUAUGCCAUUGAAGCUAUUAAAUUUGCUACAGAAAAACGUAUUACAUCUGUAUUGAUUGAACCUCGUAGUAUCGAAAAAAUAGUUGAAAUUGAUGUACAUCGUGGUUGUGCUAUGUCAGGUUUACUUGCUGAUGCAAAAACAUUAAUUGAUAAAGCACGUGUUGAAGCACAAAAUCACUGGUUUACACAUAAUGAACGUAUGACUAUUGAAUCAAUAACACAAGCUGUAUCAAAUAUGGCAUUAGCAUUUAGUGAUGAUUCAGAUGAAAUUGCACCUAUAUCACGUCCAUUUGAUGUUGCACUUUUAUUUGCUGGUUGGGAUGAAAAUGGUCCACAUUUAUUUCAUCUUGAUCCAUCAGGUACAUAUACAGAAUAUGAUGCUAAAUCUAUUGGAUCUGGUAGUGAAGGUGCUGAUCAAACACUUCAAGAUAUUUAUCAUAAAUCAAUGAAAUUAUCUGAAGCAUGUAAACAUGUUUUAACUAUACUUAAACAAGUUAUGGAAGAAAAAUUAUAUGCAACAAAUGUUGAGAUGGCAACAGUAGAUAUUAAUGGAUAUCGUUUAUUUAAAAAAGAAGAAAUUGAUAAUAUUAUUAAAAAUAUGUAA